GUAGCAGCUUGACGUACGGAGCUCGCUUGCCAGUUGGUCCAGGGGCUCGUGAGUGUAGCUCUCCCCGCCGUCCUGCCGCAUAUAAAGGCGGUCAACGGUCGGAGACCUCCGCGUUAAGGCAACUCCAAAGGAGAACGUCGGGUUGUUUUAUUCCCGCAGACAUUUCAGUUCCCGCUUCCUUCUCACCACCCGCAUCCGCGUCCCGUCUCAGACUGGGGAGAAAAGAGGGGGGUCCAUCUCGGAGUGACCAGCAUGGACCCCCAAGCGAAGAGCCGCAUUGGUCCGGCGGCGAUGGCGGCGGGAGGGAGCUUCGGCGGUCGCCCGGCCUCUCUCGGAGCCGACGGGGGUGACUCAGAGUCCGGAGCGGGCUCCGAGGAGGCUGCCAUGGGCUGCAGCGACACAUUCAGCAGUCUGCCGGACAUGGAGCAGGAGUCUCUGGAGGAGAAAUUACGCGGACUGGCGUUCAGAAAGCAGACCUCGUAUCGGAAAGCCAUCUCCAGAUCAGGCCUCCAUUACCUCGGCCCGCCUCAGCCUUCGCUCCCUCCGGCGUCCAACGGACCAAACAAGGAUCUGCGAACCUGCGUGGACUGGACGGAAAACGCAGGGAACGGAGAUCACUUAUGGACGGAGACGAGUUGUUCGGGAGAGCUGUGCUACCUCGGGGAGGACGCGUGUCUCCUGAAGACUGCGUCGGCCCCCAGGAGGAAAUGCGCCGCCUGCAAGAUAGUAGUCCACACCGGCUGCAUAGAGCAGCUAGAAAAGAUUAACUUCAGAUGCAAGCCGACCUUCAAGGAGGGAGGGUCCCGAUGCCUCAGAGACAACGUACUGAGACACCACUGGGUCCACAGGCGGCGGCAGGAGGGGAAAUGUAAACAGUGUGGGAAGAGUUUUCAGCAGAAGUUCUUCCACAGUAAAGAAAUAAUCGCCAUCAGUUGUUCUUGGUGUAAACAGGCGUUCCACAACAAGGUGACGUGCUUCAUGCUGCACCAGAUCGAGGAGCCGUGUUCGCUGGGGGCCCACGCCGGAGUCAUCGUCCCUCCCUCCUGGAUCAUCAAAGUCAGGAAACCACAGAGCUCGCUGAAGAACUCGGCCAGGAGGAAAAAACGGACGUCUUUCAAACGUAGGGCGAGCAAGAAAGGACUGGAAGACUCUAAAUGGCGUCCGUUCAUUUUGAAACCGCUUCCUUCUCCCCUCAUGAAACCCGUCUUGGUUUUUGUCAAUCCCAAGAGCGGAGGCAACCAGGGUGCCAAGCUGCUGCACAUGUUCAUGUGGAUCUUAAACCCCAGACAAGUGUUCGACUUGUCACAAGGUGGACUAAGAGAAGCGUUGGAAUUGUAUCGCAAAGUGCCAAACCUGCGGAUCCUGGCCUGCGGUGGAGACGGCACAGUGGGGUGGAUCCUCUCCGCUCUCGAUGAGCUGCAGAUGAAUCCCCAGCCUCCGGUCGCUGUACUUCCUCUGGGAACAGGAAAUGACCUCGCCAGGACGCUCAACUGGGGCGGGGGUUACACGGACGAGCCCGUGUCGAAGGUUUUGUGUCACGUUGAGGACGGUUCGGUGGUGCAGCUCGACAGGUGGAACCUGCUGGUGGAGAAAACUGCGGUACAGCCAGAAGAAGGCACUCAGAAGCUCCCUCUGAAUGUUUUCAACAACUACUUCAGCCUCGGCUUCGACGCUCACGUCACGCUGGAGUUCCACGAGUCCAGAGAGGCCAACCCAGAGAAAUUCAACAGUCGCUUCCGCAACAAGAUGUUCUACGCCGGCGUAAGUGUCCUCCAUGACAAACUGUUAACCAACUUUGACUGGACAGUUUACAUUUGCCUCCAGUUUGCUGUAAUUCUGCUUUAAUGACCGUCACACGCCCUGCCAGAAUGAGGAACAGUAAAUCAAGAGAGAUUUCUCGCAAAAGCAGCUAAACAUUGGCCUUUAAGGGAAAGGAGUUUCCAAGUUAUUUAUCAAUAAUGAGCAGCCUGACUUGUGCAAUAUUCAUCCAGAACGCUCACAAAACAAAUGUCACGCUCUCAAUAAUUCAUCUGACCUUCAUUCUGAGGAAAAACUAAACAAACCACACAGAAUACCGCUUUGUUUCCGGUGAUGAAUUGAGCUCAAAUCAACUUGAAAGUGAUGAACAGAUGUAACAAAAAUCAUCCAGCUGACUUUUUUCUGCAAGACAUGAGCUGAAAGUCAGAAAGGAUGGGCGGCAGUUGAAGCGGAAACGUACAGAGGAGUUAUCUCUUUUUAAUGAGGGAAAUGUA